UUUUCCUAUUACAGUAGACAAUGGAGGCUGGGACCAUCUGCUGUACUAGUUCACUUAUCUAACUAAAAUUUAGCCACACGUUCCACCUCACACCAUAUUAACUAAGGAUAAUCCCUCAUUUAACAUCUUAUCAACAAUCUAAUGGUGUAAAUAAUGAAGAUAGUGAGUUAAUUAUGGUGAUAUAAGAUAAAAAGAACCCUGCACCUUCACCACAGCCUUAAGGAACUCCACAAAAGUGGGAUAAAGACGACCUUGGUAAAAUGAUACGUUUGUUACCACCACCUACCACAAUUACCAGGAAUGCAUCAAGACCUACCACAAUUACCAGGAAUGCAUCAAGACCUACCACAAUUACCAGGAAUGCAUCAAGACCUACCACAAUUACCAGGAAUGCAUCAAGACCUACCACAAUUACCAAGAAUGUAUCAAGACCUACCACAAUUACCAGGAAUGCAUCAAGAUCUACCACAAUUGCCACCUAUACAAGACCUACCACAACUACCACCAUCCGUACACUACUUCCUUUGCUAGUAGCAUUGGUGGCAGCAGAAACAGUACAGGUAACAGCAGCUAAUGAUCAAAUUACCUGGUAUAAUAUUGGCAAAUUUCUACAAGAAUUUGCCAAUGUGGGACUUGGCGCUGGAGAACUACAGAAACACCUCAACCAGGACUAUAUGUGGGACAACCAGGAGGUCAGGGGUCACGAGAAGCUUCAUGAGAUCACCCAACGAGUGACCAAGUUGUUUGAACAGAGUAUCAGAGCUGUAGAAGAUCUUCAGCUGGUGGUCGAACAAGAAUAUGAGACAUGGCCUUCUCUCCCACGUGGCCAGAUUAACGAAAGUGUAUUGUGUUGUAAAGCAGAAGAGCCAUCAUCAACCGGUUGCUCACUUCUAGCAACCCACGGCCAACAAGACGAGCUCAUUCUGGCGACCCAAACUCCCGCCUCUGUGUUAUUCGAAAUGAACCGUAUACAAAACCUGUACAAGAACCGCAUCACACAGUAUUUUGCCUUCAACGAUGGUAGUUUGUUCGUUUUCCCGGCGCGGAGGAAGAAUUAUCUGCCAGCGUGUGAUAGUUACGACCCUAGAUUAAGAUAUUACUUCACACAAGCCAAGUCCCCUGAGCCGAGGGACGUGGUGGUGGUGGUCGACGCAGAGCAGAGGCCCAACCCCCUCCUGCAGAAACUGGUGCAGAGGACUUUUAAUGCCCUGAGUCCAUUAGAUAGAGUCGCCUUGUGUCUACCUGAAGAUGACACCUGCAGUAGAGGUUCCUUGUCACCAGGGGUCGCGGGUGGCUGGCCUGAGGUCGACCAGCCACUCAGGAGACAAAAGUUACUUGGCACAGUUAUCGUGGGUAGCAGAAGGAACAAGGAACGUCUCAAUGAUCUCCUGAAUGCUUGGCUAAAAUCGAGACCACCUACUGUAUUGCCUUCUUCAGAUGGUGUUGUUCCUUCUACAGUGCUACCUUCAGGGAACACUUCAAGGAACACCUCACCAUCUUCAGCUAUUUCUUCAGGAUUCUCAAGUCACAUAGCGGCUCUUACGGCAGGAACAGAGGUCCUUUUAAAUAGCUUCAAGCAGCCGUUUAAUCUUCCUGCAGAAUCACCACACUUUGUUAUGGUGUACGUGACGGAUCGGUCAGGCUGGCAGCACUGGGAGGAGGAUGAAGAACUAAUGGCAGCCCUCAAUGGAACCCUCGAUCAGUCUAUAUCAAUUGUAGUCAACCCAAUCAAAGACGCAGGGGAAGGAGUUAAGGACACAGAAUUGCUUCACCUCAAUAAAUCAACGCUGAAAUUGGUCGCAUUUCCCACACUGGAGAAAUUCUACGCCUCUCAAACCAGCGUGUCCAGCUUCGGGGUAACAGUGACAGAACGUCCAGUGAUUCCUAUGCCAUACUGGGAUGCUUUUGGAGACGGGUAUAUUAUGUCAGUCUGCUUACCACUGUCAGCACGAGGAGAGUUCGUUGGUGCUACGUGUAUUGAUUACAGUAUAAUUAACCUACUAGCUGAUGUUUCUAUUGAUGAUAUCAACAAUGCCUACGUGUUCAUAGUCAACAGUCAGGGCAACACAGUGGUGCACCCUCUCCUGCCGUCACCCCACGCCCUGACGAUGGACCCAGCAUAUGUCACCAUCGAUAAGCUGGAACGGGACCCUAAUGUCAGGUCUUUUCUUAGGGAUAUCGUUAGACAGAAGCCGGGGUUUAAGGACGUGAUAAAGGGCACCCGAGUAGUGUCCGUGGGUAGGCCAAGGGGCAGGCUCAACCUACCCAAUGCUGUCCAACGUCAGAGGGCCAGCCUGCGUUACCUCUGGGGACCUAUAAAUGGCACGGAUCUUAGCAUUGCCCUCGUAUUGCCUCUCAAGAGUGGGAAGGUCAUGGCAUCAAAAUACCAUUGUUACAACUCUACCGAUUGCCACAUGAAAGAUUUCCACUACCAUCUGCCAAAACCCAGCAAUACGAGGUCAUUCUGUAGGUUCUUUGGCACGAGAGCCAUUGCAGAUAAGGGUCUGGUCAAAUUUGCACCAGAUUGUUUCAACGACCUCCUGGGUUAUAUAAGAGGCGAAACUAACCAAGAAAUAGCACUCUUGUACUCAAUAUUUCACGGCGACAGUCCCUACGACGAGCUACUAAGUAAGGAUUUAAGAGCCAGUGUGAAGCUAGUUGAGAAGGCAGAACGUGUGUGGAAACGAGCAGCUAAUCUCAGUAACUACAUCGGUCAGCAGUAUAUGGGGACAGCUGAUGGAACCCUUAUAGCUUUCCCUGGCACCGUACUCAAGCAAACAUACGACCAUAGAACUAGGCCAUGGUACCUGUUAGCGAUAUCGACUAACGAGGAGGAUGCCGUCUCAAUGACCACACCCUAUUGUGAUGAACUAGGCGCUGGAAUGAUGUACACAAUUACCAAAGCUCUACAAGGGCCAUUAGGCAAUCCGAUGGCUGUGGUUGCUGGAGACUUCACAUUGCAGUACAUUCAAGCAAUAUUUCUCAAGAAUGUCCCAUAUUGUUCCCAACAUACAUGUCUACUGGUGGACAGACUUGGGUACAUAGUCAUCAAGUUGGACCAGGUCCCCCACAGCACCUCCCCCCGUGACUGCCACAAUGACACUGACCUAAUCUCUGCCCACAUCACCUCCAUAGCUCCGGAUAUUGCUCGUGACUUGAUAUCCAGUAAAGUACUUCGACGCCACGGAUGUCACGACUACGAGAGAGAAGUAACAUUCUACUUCUGGUCUAUGGAACUUAAUGGCUACAAGACCCAACACAAAGGGAAGUAUUAUCUAAUGUAUAAGAUUCCGGCGUCUAACCUGUUCCUGGUGGUGCGAACUGAACGUCUGAUGGGCUAUGAUAGCUGCCACUGUGAUCAUUUCCUGAACGAGGAAACGAUGGAAUGUCGAAAUACCUGUGACCUCGCGUGUGAAUGUCCAUGUGUAGCUGGGCUCAAUACUCGACCCUGCCAUGACCUCGCUUCUGACCUCCACAGGUGGCCGUUACCAGCAUGUAAACCUCGAGGACUGACUCUAACUACCGCCAAGAACUACACCUCCAAGCAGCUAUCGGCUCUUCCUCCUUGCAAUAACGCCAAGUGCGAUGUCUUCGAGGAUGAGACAAACUGCAACGAGGUCGUUUUCUGCCUGUGGCUAGGGAACAAGUGCAUACAUGUAGAUUCUCGUUGAGGUCCGUAUGUAUGUAUGUAUUCCACGAAGACUUCAAUCCCAAAACAAAUAUUGUAUAUGUAAUUUAAUUGUUUUUUGUCCUUGUAUAAUAAUUAAAAAAAAAGGACACUCUGCAUGUUUGUAAUUCUUGUAUUUGUCUAACUAUAAAUAGGAGACACACAAAUACAGUCUCCAUGUUUUUAUUUGUUUGUAUCUGUGUCUAAUAAAACAAAUACACAUGCAUCUGUCAAUUGUUUUUUGUAUAUGUCGUUGCAUCUAUAGCCAAGACAUCAAUAUAUAACCAUGAUUUUAAUGUGUUUUUAUGUCCUUGGGGCAAUAAACGCCACGAUCACUUUAUGAAUCUCUUCUCUGGACAGUAUGCAGGUUUCAAUUGUCUAUACUGUAUAUGUCGUUGCAUCUAUAGCCAAGACACCAAUAUAUAACCAUGAUUUUAAUGUGUUUUUAUGUCCUUGGGGCAAUAAACGCCACGAUCACCUUAUGAAUCUCUUCUCUGGACAGUAUGCAGGUUUCAAUUGUCUAUACUGUAUAUGUCGUUGCAUCUAUAGCCAAGACACCAAUAUAUAACCAUGAUUU